ACAAAAUCAAAUUCGAGAAUUUUUGAAAGAAGCGAACGUGUUUACGGUGCUUACUAUGUCGCGUUAAUUAAAAAUCGCAGUUUCGAUUAUUAUAAAAAUGUGCUAAAAUGGAUAGUAAUUUUAUCAAUAAAACUAAAUGUAAAUUAAAAUUUUAUUUCAUAUAAUAUACCAUGCCAGUGUUAAUGAAGACAAUAACCACGUGCCCUAAAUAAAAAGCGAAAAGAAAUUACUGUGAUUCGCGAAAGUUUUUAUUUUGCAUCGCGAUUCAAAUGUAGUGGCGAAAGAUGCGUGAUCCAGGUGGGAAAUUGGUGUUAUUUGUGAGCAUACUGUUCUGCGUGAGUGGAGAUGAAAAUGAUAUCGCCGGGGAGCAUUCUUUGGAGCUCACCCAGUCUUCGAAUUUGGCUCGACAAGAGCUAGUUCAGGAGACGUGUAACAGACUCUCCUUGAAAUGGAGCUUGGAGGAUCUGCCGCCGAGUCUUUUGGAGCAUAUUUUGGUCGACGAUGAGCGUAAACUCCUGUAUUGUUACGUGCCUAAGGUAGCAUGCACCAAUUGGAAAAGGAUACUGAUGAUCCUUGAAGGGAAAUGGAAUGACACGGAUGUUCUGUCUGUGCCGGCCAGCCUCGCACACUCUCCAGGAAUGUUCAGGAACCUCAGCACAGUGUCCAAAGAAGAGAGAGAUGUUAUGUUGGAGAACUAUCACAAGAUGAUUAUUGUCAGGAAUCCAUUUGAGAGAUUACUAUCGGCUUAUAGGAAUAAGCUGGAAGGUGAUCUGCCCAGUGCUAAGUAUUUCCAAGAUCGUGUGGGAAGACGCAUCAUAAAGGCGUUCCGAGAGAACCCAUCCAACGAAUCGCUAGAGUACGGCCAUGACGUCACAUUUAAAGAGUUCGCUCUGUUCUUGACGAACGACUCUAAAGAGUUGGCCGAUAUUGUGAACAACGAACACUGGCAACCGGUCACGACCCUGUGCCAUCCCUGCCUCAUUAGAUAUACAUUAGUUGGUAAAUACGAAACUCUGCUGGACGACUCUCUCCUCGCCCUGCACACCAUAAAUGCCUCUCACAUCCAGUUUCCACGACUCGCGCAUACUUCUGGCACUUCGGAGAAGCUACGCAAGUACUUCUCACAACUCGACCUACCUCUGAUAAGAAAACUGUACAAAUUGUAUAAGUACGACUAUAAGAUAUUUAAUUAUGAUCUAGAUAAUAUUGUAGGAUAUGAUCUUGGUUAGAAGAAUUUACUGUGAACUUUCUAAAGUAAAUUGAAUUGUAAUGUUUAUGUAUAUACGGUCAUAUUUAUAAACGUGGAUUGAGAUUAAAACCUCAAUUUUCUUCAAAGUAAAGUGGACCUAAUAAAUACUAUUUAAAGUUCACUUUACUUUAAAGAAUAUUAAGGUUUAUAAAUAUGCCAGAUAGUGUAUUUCCUGUAGGCUCAUUAAUAGAAAAAUGUAGAAACGGAACUUUUAAGUCUCCUUUAAGACUCGGGCCUUGCCUUAGAGAUAUCUCGGAACCCUGUGAUCACUGACCAUGGCAGAAAGUACUUGUGCUAUUAGAAGAUUAAAAAAAUGUAAACGCAUUAUUAUUCUUUUAUUAAAAGUACAAUGUAAAAAGGAUAGCAUCACUUGUAUAACUUUCAAAUUUAGAGAUUUGUGUACAUCAAUAGACGUACUGUGUACGUAAGAAUGGGGAUGAUGAUUAGGUUUGAAUAUAUUGAUUUUUAUGAUACAUUCGGGUAAAUAAGGUCAAUGUUAACUAAUUUAUACAUUAAAAGCAAAGAUUCUGGAUAUUUGCAAAAUAAAUGAGAUUAUAAAAUUACCAAAUCUAUUAAAAAUCUUUUAUUGUAAUUAGAUGAAAAUUCAUACAGUUUUAGCUUCCUUACAUUAAAUGUCACAAUUUUUAAUAAAUGAACUAUAAACAUAAACGCACAAAUAACAAAGAUAUUAAUAAUUUUGUUUGAACGCUCAUACAAAUCUAACGAUCACUACAUUACCUACUACGUCAUUAGUUCGUGCCAUUUUGUAUGGGGCGUUUUUUAGGGAUCCUUUUAUGGACCCUUUAAAUCCCUGUAGCUCCGAAAGUAAUGAUCGCAGAUACCCUGUUCAUUUUAAAAAAUUGCUUUACUAUUAGCAUACUCUUAAUUUAUAUACAAUUUAAAAAACUGUCAUCAUCCCUAUUAAAUAAAUAAACGUACUGUUAUUUUAGGCACAGAUGUAAAAUGUCCUGUGAGGUCAGUAGUGUGUUUCAUCACGACUGAUCCAAAUAUUUUUUUUUUUAUUUAUUCUGGCAAAAAACAGUCAUUACAAUAAGAUUUUGUUCCAACUGCUGCUUCUUAGACGCUGCUUAAGGCACGAAAAGUCCAUGUCGCUAAAAGUUCUAAAGAACCAUCUUUUAUAGUAUUACACACAUAAUAAAGAAUGAACAAACAGAAUAAAGAAUAUUUUUUUAGUCUUUUUAAACAGUUUUUAAAACAUUUAAAAACAUAAAACGCCAUUUUUCUUGAAUAAUUUCGAAAAUUACUGAUGCGUUUCGUGUCGUACUGACUCGAGAAUGUAGUAUACGUUUUUGAAUUUGUUUUUGGAAUGGCUUGCAUCCCUGUGUUCUUUGUACGCUCUAUCGGCCUACUAUUCUUUAAUCUGUGAUAUUACACUAAAUAUCAGCAGACGAAGUCGCGGGCGUCCGCUAGUAGUUUUAGUAAUCACGUAGGUACACAAGCUCAGUGAGUGUGUAGAUAUAGAAGUGCCAAGUAAAAAAAAAACAAUUUCACUAUUCGCGAUACUUAUUAAUUUUGAAUUUAGAAUUUGAAACCAUAGACUAGAGAGCCUAUUAUGUUAGCGAUGAGUUUCCAUUUUUAAAGUGCACUCAAUGAUGUAGCCGACGCGAACAAAAUGGUGACCUUUGUUUUAUACGAACGGCGUGCUAGUUAGUAUAUUAUUUUAGAAUUAAUUAAUGAAUGAAGUUAAAGAGUUCAUUGUCAUUGUUUUAAUUGUAAUUGGCAUUUUUUUUCAUUGUUUUACCUUUUAGUAAAGAACACACGGUCGCGGCUUUUAAAAAUCGGUAUUUUUUGAAUAUAUUAUUUCUUAUAAGUACAUAUACCAUUUUAAUGAAUAAUACAAAACAAAACACCGAAAGGUCAUGAGUUCUAUCCUCGCCUGUUGCACCAUUGUGGUACCCACCAUGCCGCGGAGAGAACCCUUUAAGCUGAUAGGGAUUUCUCUUAUUAUAUACUUAUCGACAUAAACCCAACAAUCCGCAUCGGAGUGGCGUACUGGGUGUUCUAAUUCCCUCUAAGGAGAGUAGCCCUGUGGCUAAAUAGGCUAAAAUACUUAUAUAUUUAUACUUUACUUGUAUCUACACCAUAACAUAAGAAAAACAAAUAAUAAGACAGAGAAAGUAUAGUACCUACAGAAGUAGGAUACAAAAGGCGGCUUAACCGCUACGUAGCGAUUUCUUCCAGGGAACCUUGGGUUUAGUAAAAAAUACUUGUGUCUUAGCGACUUUCAAAAUUACUUUUCUGUACUUUAUUAAAUGUACCUAUUUACUUUUCAUAAAAAAAAUUUAAACAGGCCGCCUACUUGUUUUGAUUUUUUGAUGAGACUAUUUCAAUGAAUUUGUUUGGGCGGUUUGUGCAGUCAAAUGGUUACAGAUAUUUGAACAAACCUAGAUUAAAGGUGAAAUCUGUGUUGCCAACUCCAAAAUUUCCGAGUCCCUAGAAUCUUAUUCAAAAGUCGCUAGAAAGUCGCUAAAACUAACUCUACCAGGAGCGGAUCCUUUAUGGAGAAGAAUACUUAUAAUUUUAUCCGGGACAGAAGGCGGUGUGAAUUAUUAUAUAGGUGAACAAAAAUAUUAAUAAUUAGAUAAUAAAAGUUGUUGUUUUUAUCACAAUUUGCCAAAAUACCUUUAAAAAAAAUAAAUAUUAAUAUAUCUAAAGCUAGGUCUGUUUAAAUUUGUACUCCAAAAAUCGCCAGAUAUGUCGCUAAACAAUUUUUAUCGUCAAAACUUUAUAUUAGUCGCUAAGACAUAAGCAAAAGUCGUCAGUUCUAGCGACUAAGUCGCUAAAUUGGCAACACUGGGUGAAAUGUACAGGUUGCUAUUUAAAUUAUGUUUAUCAAACGCAUGUCCAAUUGUCCAAGUUACGUAACAUGCAAUUCGGCAAAACUGAUUGAUGUAUUUAGGACGUUGAUGCAAUAAUUGACAGAAUUACCUAAUAAUAUCUUACAAUUAUUAUAUUAUUUAUAAUUAUAAUAUUUUUCGACGAUAAGGCAUAUUUAAGAGUCGAUGAAAGCCGCGUGACUCAAAAAAAUCGUAUCAAGUGGAAAUUUUUCUAAGCAACUUCUAAAAUUGCUCGAUCAUCGGUUGAGUGUCAAACAUUUAACGUAAUGCCGUGAUCGUAAAAAACAAACAGACUGACAGAUUUUAGAUUUUAGGCUUUGGAUCAAGAGGUCUUGGGUUCGAGUCCUUGCUAUGAAAGAUUGAGCAUUUUCUCAUUUCACUUUCUUUUAAGAAAUUUUAGUUCUAACUUUGUUAUGUUUUAUGUUCGAGUUAUUUUGGCUUCUAGACUAUUUUAAAAACAUUUUCAUUCAUUUUGCUAAUACCCUGUUCUAAGAAUACAGUUUGAUGGUAUAUUAUACUUGUUAAGGCGACUUUUUCAUAUCUUGUUAGACAUAGGAGGCCCCUUAAUUAUAGUGUUGCGCCAUGAACCGCCGCCUCGGGGGUAACGCCCGACAGUCAUCUGUCAGAAAUGUGCCGCCAUACGAAAUAUGACUCGAGAUUUACGACUUAUAACUUUACUAGUAGCCCGCGACUUCGCCCGCGUUGCAUCCGACCUUGGUGUAAGAAUUAUACUUACUUAUCUAUGAAAUUUGCAUGAAAAUGAAUUGAUUUAUUUUAUUAACAGAACGACAGAAACGUUUUUUUUUCUUUACAAGUUAUCCCUUGACUACAAUCUCACCUGAUGGUAAGUGAUGAUGCAGUCUAAGAUGGAAGCGGGCUAACUUGUUAGGAGGAGGAUGAAAAUCCACACCCCUUUCGGUUUUUACACGGCAUCGUACCGGAACGCUAAAUCGCUUGGCGGUACGUCUUUGCCGGUAGGGUGGUAACUAGCCACGGCCGAAGCCUCCCACCAGCCAAACGUCCGCGACUUUUAUGGUAUCCGAUCUUGAUGAAGCAAAGCUCUAUAUACGAGUACCUACCUACUGCUUAUUGGUCGAGACUUAGCUCAAUACAUCCAUGAUAUUCGUCUGAAAGUGGAAUAUUUUAGCAGAAUGAGAAAGCUCUGAAGCUUAGCGCAAAGAGUUCCUUUGAAAAUUUUAAUAAUUGCGAUUUGUAUUAUAUUAUCUCAGAACAUUAUUGUUGAAUUUUGUAGUAUUUUUUUCAUUUAUACAUAUAGACAAUAUAAGAAGUACUUUUCAUGAAGGAUAUUGUGCCUUAAACUGGAAGAUUACUGUUAGGUACAGAACCGAAUGCUUUAUCUUCGGUCUUCUAGUUUUUGCUGGCAGAGUGGUAUACUACUUGUUCAAAAUUCAAUAAUUCAAAAUUCAUUUAUUUCAAGUAAGCUCAGAUUACAAGCACUUUUGACACGUCAGUUGACUAUUUGUAAAGAUUCUACCACCGGUUCGGAAGGCUGUGUGAUUUUAUAUCGUUUACAAAUAAAAAUAUACAUUAUUAAAAUCAGCACUGAAAGAGCAAAAACUUUCAGACUUCAAAAUUCAGUAAAUCUCAAACAUCGAGGUUAAUUUUAACAAACAACUUAAAAUCUCAAAAUCCUGUUUCACACAGCCUCAAGGCCAAUAUGACCCUCGGACGUUGAUGAAUGAUCAUUCAACGCCCUUGGUCCAAAAAUAGCAAGAUAUUAUCUCUUUUCUAUAGAAACCACAAACGGCUUUAUAAGUUAUUUCGUACGAAAUACGGGCCUAUGAUUCUAAGAAAUUUUUAAUUUUUAUUUUAAUUUUAUAUAAUCUGAUUUGACCGUAACCUACCUAUAAGGUAUUAUAGGGUAUCUCCCCUACAUGUAAAGUGGGGGUGAUUUUUUUUAUUCGUCUAACCCAUAGAGCCUGAUAUGCUGAUAUGAUCAUGAUGAUAGAGCCCGAUAUACCUACUCGUACUAACGACAGCCCACACUAAAUUGCAUUUGAAGGAAGUGAUUUUUGUAUUUUGUAAAAAAAAAAAAUACUUAAAAACCGUAAAAUUUCGGCUAACAUAUAUUUCAUUAUUUUCGCAGGACUUGAUGUCGGCUACGAAUGUCGUAUUUUUUACAGACAGCCUGUUAUUUUGUCUACAGGACAGCCUGUUUAGUUUGUCUAUUUAACUGCCUCGUUGGUACAGUGGUUAGCCUAUGCUGCUUCACGAGGUUCUGGGUUUAAGUGCUAAGUCAGGUUUUAAAAAGACGCGCUUUUCCAAGAAAUUCUCAGUAAAAAAUCUUAACUGUUGGAAAUUUGAUGUAGUUUCCCAUGUCUCGGAGAGCAUUUCCUGCUCAGGAAAUAAUAUUGGAUUUUCACGCAAACCACAAUGGAUGAUAUUAAUUUAUGUACACAAUAAUUGAUUGUAGUAGGUAUAGACUCGGAAACACGGGUUAUCACAACAAAUGCACCGUUUCCCGACAAUAGAUACCUAACGCCAGCCACACACGAUCAUGCUUUCUGUCAAGUCAGCGCGUCAGGGAUGUGGACAAUGAAAUAAAUAUCGAAAACCAUAACCAAAAUUAUCAUUUUAUUUUUACUGCCCACGCCUUUUAGCGUGCGCUUUGGUAAACUUGAACAUAUGUAGCUGGCGUAACUUACAUUUAAAAAUAAUAUAGUGACAAUAUCUACCUAAAUACAUACGAGUAAUAUGGGACUCACUUCCAUAUGAUCCCAAUUCGAUAAACGCUAGGAAUGUUCUUCAUUUAACAACUAUACCUAAUAUUAAUUUAUCAUGAAUAGUAAUUUUAUUGUUUUUGUUCCAUAAAGGUAUUAUUAAUAAAAAAUAUUUUAAAUUGUAUACCGUUAACUUAAAGUCACUAAGUAUAUGCAGUGAUUUUAAGUUAUAAUUAUAUGUGCCUGUUUUUAUCUCGGACAAGACAGGACGACAAAGGGCGCAUAUUAAAAUUGUCAGGCUGGCCAAAUAUAUAUUAAGCAUAUAUUUUAUCAAUUUAAUUAAAAUACCAGGGCUAACGGCUUGACAGCCAAUAAAACUGAUGGUAUGUUGGUCGCGAUCGGCAUGAUGUCAUGCACAUCGCGACAAACACGACCAGUUUUAUCGGAUGUCAAGCCGUAAACGCUGCAGGCACGUGAGCUUACUUGAUCGUCAGUGGCUGACAUAAGUGUGCAGUGCCCUCUUAAAUACAAAGUAUACGCAAGUACAUACAUUCCCGUAAUUAAUGAGCUAAUUGUUAUUGCCUAGUUUAUCAUAAUUAGGAUAAUUUAUCAUAUCCAAUAGUAAUAAUAUGUCAAUAAUACAUAAAAAAAAUAAUAAUGUUGUUUUAUUAAAGUUAUUAGUUAUUGCAUGAUAACACAAACCUAUCUGUGAUAGUCCUCAAAUAAUAAUCAUGUAUCAUUGCUAAUUGAUGUAUUGUAGACAUUAUAAUAGGUGAUUACUGGCUAUAAAGAUAUAAUCUAUUAUGUUCGAUAUUAUAUAGACAUUUGUAUUAGUUAUGUCUCUUGUUAUGUAUUAUAUUAAGAUAUAUAUUUAUCUCAAGGACUCUACUUAUCGUGUUUAUGUCAUUCCUUUUAAAUAUUCCAUUAAGAGUGUCUCUAAGCUAAUAAUAAGGGUUAUAGCACACUUAUGAAUUCGGAAAAUGAUUGUCAAGUAUCUAUAGAAGACAAGAUACUUUGUGUGAAACUCCUGCAACGCACACUUAUCGGAAUCGUAUCGUACUUGCCUCGCCUUGGGUUGACGGAAAGGUAUACCGAGUGGAUAUGUGUGUUAUGAUCCUAAAUCGUAUUUUUUACUAUUCAGUUCAUGUUACAUAAAUAUAGCAUUUAUUAAAUCAUUGAUUUUUAUAUCAUUAUUGCUUUUUAAUAGAUUGUUAAUGGUGCUAAUUCCGUUGAAAAAGUAAUUAAACUAUAGCAAAUGUUUUUUGGCCAUGUUACCUAAGCUCAAUUUCCAGUGACAGCGGUUAAGGAGUCCAAAUGACUCGUAAAAGUCAACUGCACGAAGUCAGUAUUUCCUAAUUCUUACAUCCCGAGCAUGUAGCCAUGUGGCAUGUUUUUUCUUUUUCUAAAAACAGUGACGCUUCGAAAUUUUAAAAUGUAUAGAAAUGAUAUUCACUAUCGACAGGUCAAGUGAUCAAGUUGUCUUUAGGAUCUGCUAUACAUUUUGUUAGUUUUCGAAGCGUUAGCAUUUGUAGAAAGAAAAUUAACGUGCCACAUGGCUAAGGCAUCUUUAAGUGAAUAGGCGUCUUCUUAGCAAUCGCGUUCCACAUUAGGCCACAUCCACACUUACCAUCGGGUGAGAUCGUGGUCAAGCGCGAACUUACCUAAUCUAAAAAAAUGUCCAUUAAUAGUCGAACCAAAAGGACUGAGCGAGCAAAGUGUUUAUUCGCUUAGCUCUUGUACCUUGCGAUAGUCAAAUGCAUAACUUUAUGAAGAUUAGUCUAUAGUAUGUCUAUCACAGACUCCAUAGAUCUACUAGAGUCUAGGAGUAGUGUUGCUACAGCGAAAGAGCAAAUAUAUUUUAAUUUUUUUUAAUAAAUCAUGAUUUUAUGUUAUAACUUAAAUUGUCUGAAUUCUCACGAGAAUUCGUUCGUCAAUCGUUCCGCUGGUAUUAUUAUCUUUUAAUAAUUUUUUAUUUUAUAUGAGAAUACAAUUGAAUAUGAAUGAGAAUACAAUGAAUUUAGUGAUUAUUGUGUAUAAAUGAAAAUUAAAAUAAUGUAAUAAUUAAUAUUUUUUAUGACUUUAGGAAUCAUGUGUUGUCUUUUUUAGCACAUAUGUAUUUAGUAACAAGUGCGUACGAAACCAGAAACAGAUGUGCUAUUAGUUAUAUUUUUCGAAAAUAUACUCAGAAGCACAUUACCCGUCCACUUUAAUAUACCUAUUCGCGUCGUAUUAAAGAGGGCGGAUUAUUGUGCCUCUGAGUAUAGUUGUGUAAUAUUUUGUACUAUGUUAUAUCAGUCUCAUUAUGAAAUAUUAUUCGCAGUGUGGUUUCUCAUGUGAUUCACUACUACUUGCGCAUUUAUAAUAGGUAGCUGCAUUAUGAUGGUCGCACAUUACUUAAUAAGAAAGAAACGCCAAUACAAGUUGAUAACAUUAUGGCGACAAAACCUCGACAGCACUUAUUUAACGCGUGCGGUGUAGGAUGCAAUGUGCGACCAACAUGUCAUGCAAUUAAUAAAUAAGUACAAUAUUAAUAUUAUAACUAAUUAUAAUUGUUGUGGGCUAUCAAACGUCCGUUUUAUACAUUUACUGAUGAAUCACAGGAUGUUGCCAGUGUCAUUGCACUGUUGUUGAAUUAAUAAAUGCAAUGGUGGUUAUA